CGUCGACUAUACUUAGCACCCGAAACCUGCUGACAAAAACGCACACAUUUCACGAGAAAAUCGUGCACAGAAAAUGGAUAACUUUAGCGUUUAGGAAUGUGUCCACCAUUGCACACAUCUUUUUCCAUCGUUUAGUACAAGACAAAAGAUAAAUAAAAGCUUAUUAACAUUCUGCCAGUAAACAAUCAGUUGCUUAUUACCGAUGACUACCCUCGGUUUACUAGGAUUGUGUUUUUAUUUGGCGAUUGUUUUCACACAGACGGAACAAUGCGAAGAUGGCUGGGAAUGGUGGAAUGACAAAUGCUAUUUGAUCUCAGAGAAAUUUCUCGUUUGGGAAGAUGCUAGGAAAUAUUGUGACAAUAAUGGGGCACAGUUGUUAAAAGUUGAUAACGAACAAGAACAUGAAUACAUCAGGACAAGAAUUUCAGAAAUGCAUUUGCAUUACGUAUGGAUUGGCGCAAAAUAUAGUAGACUCCGCCAAAAGCACUUAUGGAUAGAUGGUUCGGAAAUGAACUUUAAUGGAUGGGCUCCUGGCGAACCCGACGGCAGCCGAGGGUGUGUUGACUACCUACAUAAAUACAACUACCAGUGGAACUCCCACUGUGACUGUAUAAACACAAGGGGGCGUUUUAUUUGUGAAAAGGGCUGCGGUGAAGGUUGGCAAUUGAAAGACCACAAAUGCGUGCAUACACCAGAACCCAGCAGUAGUUUAGUCGAGUUAAAGGCAGAUUGUGAGGACCAUGGAGCUGUCCUGACCAGAACAGAAAAUGAGAAAGAGGAAGUGGCAUACAUCUGUGAAAAAGAGUGUGAUAUUGGAUGGGAGAAAUUUGAGAACAAAUGUUACAAAUUUGCUGAUCAAUCUCGUGACUGGGAGGACGCUGAGAGUUAUUGCCGAGAUCUACACGGAAGUUUGGUCAUUGUCGAAAAUGAACAGGAACAUGAAUACAUACAACGGAAAAUUGCAGCUGCCAAUUACGUUUACGUUUGGAUCGGGGCCAAAUACGAUCACAAACAUGGCGAGUAUCGUUGGGUUGAUGGUUCCCCGCUUAAUUUCACAAAAUGGGCGCCUGGUUUACCGGGAACCAUUAAGGGAUGCGUUGAUUAUCUCCAUAAAUAUCAUUAUAUGUGGAAUUCACAUACUGGUUGUACGGAGACAAAGGGGCCAUUCAUAUGUCAGAAAGUACCAAAAACACAUUUAUCACUUAUUGAAGAAACGAUCAAGGACAGCGAUUUACAAAAUGCUCUCAUUGAAGAUGAAAUGUUUCCAAAAAUACAACAAAUAACAAAGCCUCCAAGCUUUACUGUAAAUUAUGACGAAGUUUUUAAAGGUUCUAACUUCUGUGAUGAAACCACAACAACAACAACAACAACAACUGAUAGUUACACACCUGAGACAGAGUCACCUGGAGGUGGACCGCCUACCAUUGGAGGCCCAGUGCCUACUAUAGAUGGAAUUACUACAGGCACAGUUUUUAUACCUACAAUAGAUAUUGAAUUUACAAUGCCCACUACAGUUGGAGAUGACAGUUCAACUCACCAGACAGUCACCGAGAUCAAAAAGCCUGACCAAAAAAUAAUGGCUUCUCCAUCAGGCGGGGAUUCGUCGUAUAGAAUUGUUUGUUUUCCCAACAACACGAUAGAAGUGUACAAUUUACCGAAGGAUUCAUACUACCUUGCUAUACAAAACACAACGGGUACCUACACAACGUGUACUGUCUCGAAUUUAGAUGCAACCUCAGUUAAAAUCACAGGAUGUAAUAAGGAUGAUCCUAUUAUAUUAACACAUGGCACAUACCCAGGGAUAGAAUCUUACAAACUUCACACGGGAACAUCCUUAAAGAUCACAUGCGUCGAGAUUCCCGAAGAGGGUGUUGUUCAUUCUAUAAAUAGCUCUUUAAUUGCUGUCCUACAGAUUGAUAGUGAUGAGAGCGUGGAGAGUUCCUAUACCUUGACCUCUUCAUUGAAUUCAACAUAUUCCGAGGUUGGUGACCCUGUAGCUUGGAACAUACUUUUUCCCGCUGAAUACACUCUUAAAGUAACUGCGUGUACGGGAAAACCAGAUACAUCGGAUAGUGGUGUUAGUUCUGUAAAUCUUAUCUCAAAUGAUGGGUGUACUAUAAAUACGGAGCUCAUCAGCAGCUUUGAAGACGGUUCACCGGGAAAGGUUGUCGCUCUAUUAAGUGCAUUUAAGUUCUAUGGAUAUGAUAGCAUCAUUUUGAGAUGUGACGUCAAGGUUUGUCCUAGUUCAGGGACUGCCGCAUGUACUACGACUUGUAACAAACGGAAGCGAAGUAUUAGGCAUGCUGUACGAAGGCGAGCAGACGACAGUUUCACUGCAACUGUAAUGAACCGUCUGACUGUGUCUGACGGAAUAGUUUCAGCAGAAGGAUCAAGUAUAGGUGUACCAUCGACGAUGUUUUUAUUGCUGAACUUUAUUUUUGGACAUGUUUCUUAUACAUUUAUGUUAAUAGUAUAAGUCAUGCAGAUACUGUUUAUCAAUUUGCAACAACCUAUCCUUUAAUUAAAAAGUGAAAUAGGUAUGUUUGUAGUUGUAAGACAUGUCCACAGUCCACUGGUAUCUUUAACAUGAAAGUAUUGAAACGGUAGCUAUGUGCAUUGCGUGACUUUAUGAGAAAUUCUUAUUUAUAGCUAUUUACUUCAUAUAAUUUACUUCUGAAUACAACGUAGUAAUAGUAGUAA